UGUGUGUGAUCGCAAUUACAGUUUUUAUCAUAGCUAACAAAAUGUUUAUCCUCACUUGGAAGUGGCCGUACUGUCAACCUGGCGUUCUUCUGUUAGUAAGUUUGUCUGUCUUGGUUCUUUGGAUCUCUAGUUUUGCUUCGGAGGUUUGUAAGCAUUCUACUAUACAAUACUACAAAGACUGUCACAGUACAAAAUUUGACAAGUAUUGUCGCUUGAAGGAAAAUCGUUUAGCAAGGGCGUCAUCAUUUUUGACUCCUCUCGUUAUUGAAUUUUGCAUUAUGAGUUUGUCCACUCUUGCUGAGCUAUGGCAGGAAACCGCUCAUCGUGAUCCUAAAAAUAGGGAUGAAAGCGACAAUACUGAAGACAUAUGUUUAUCUACCACUCCAGCACUAGCUUCACACGGGUCUGGCAGUCAAGAAGACGACAAAAGUGAGGACAGCACUCGGACACUAGUUUCACAACAUAGUCAAAAAUCUAAUUCUGUAAACGACACAGGUUCACAUACCACUGAGGUAGUAGAGUUUCAUGACACUGUCAGUCAAGAUUUUAACCCACCAAGCGACAAGCAUCAGAGGAGAGGUUCAUACGGCACUCUGACAGGAUCACGACAGUCUCGCAGUCAAGACAUUGAGGAUAGAAGUCCAUCUGCCACUGCGGCAGUAGACAGUCAAAAUCUUAAACCACCGAGCGACAAACACAAGGAAAGACGUUCAUCUAGCACUCUGGCAAACAUUUCACAACAGACUGACGGUCAAAAUUUUAAUUCUGCAAAUGACAUAAUUGAGGACAGAGCGAGCGUGAGGUUGUUUCUUUGGUUAGGAGUUUUUUCUGUUUUGGCGAUUUUUACUAUAAUUUUGCUUUUCAUUGAAUUAAACGACAUCAUCGAAGCUGCUUCGUUUAUUUCAGAACCGUCAACAGAAAAUUCGGUAUACGAACUGCCGUCUCAUCAUCUCUUUUCUGCAAAGUUAUCCGAUAACUUAAGCAAGAAAGAAGAGUGUAAAUGCGACAACGUUAGUAUCAAUUCUCCAAGUGUCGACAGUGAUAAUGAGGACGAGUCCAAUAUGCACCGUAAUUUUAAAACAUACUUCAUAACGAAAACCUUUAUUAAUGUAGCUUGUGCAACUCUUUUUGUUGUGCUUUGGCUCGAACUCUCAAAGCUUAAUAAAGACGCCAAUCAUUCGUUUAGUGUCAGUGAUUUUAUCAUCAUCACAUCAUGCAGCGCCGUCAUUGGCUAUUUGACUUUGUGCAUUGCAGGAGAUAUCUAUUGUUUGUGCGAUCACAGUGCGUGCGGUUCUUUGGGCACUGCAUAUUAUUAUGUGCAACUAUCCGAUCAUAUAACAGCCGCAAUUCAAUUCUUUCUGCAAGGAUAUAUUGUUUUGCGUGUCGAGCGUUGUAAGUUCAAUGGUUACGUCAGUGGAAAUGGAGGACGAUGGUGCAGAAUUCUUCCCGGUUUGCUCAUUUUCCUCUUUGCUGUAAACGCUCUCAGGUGGGGUGCGGACUCUUUCUACGAGAUGAAGUCCGUAGGAUACUUUCAGACUCAGUCCACCAUCUAUGGCAAACGCGAUUGGCAUCUCAUCACUCAGACGUUUUAUCCUUUGGCAGUAUACUUUAGAUUUCAUAGCGCUGUUCUUUUUCUAAAAGCAUUUUAUCAUACUUGGCUGGACUGACUGCAUGGAAAGGACACGUGUUCGUUGACAGUUUGUGUGUAUCUAUCUAGACAUGUCUAGAGCAGUAGUUGCAUAGUUGAUAUAUGGUUUUGUAAUUUGCUGCGUGAAUACAUAUGGAGACAGUGGCAUAG